AAGACAGCAGCAGAGGAGAGAAAAUCUCCAGCCCGCAGGUUGACUUUGCCACCGCUCACUGAUGAGGACAAGAAGAAGAAAGGGGAGAAGAACAAACCAGUUGCAUUUAUGCCGAGUAAAAAAACACCCUUGCCUUCGGAGACGUCAUCAUCCCAGGAGAAAUACAGAAGUUUUGCUCAGAGGAAAUUAGCACUCAAGAAGGCUGAAUUAGCUAAUACCUUGGAAGAGAUCAAAAUUGCCACGAAUCUGACCAGUCUGAAGAAAAACGCUAUUGAGGAGUUGAAGCAGUGCAGUGCCCGCCUGGCAGAGACCAAUUGCCAGCUGAUUAAGGACAUCCAGCACACCGAUGACAUCACUGCCAAGCAAGCCAGGGCCCUGCUGCAGCAGUAUGAAGUACUUCAGAGAGUGAAGGCAAUGGUACAGACCUUCAAUCAGAACCAGCUGGAUACAGCAAGGGCAGAGCUCCAGGAAAUGGAAAAAACAAUGGAAAAGAAUCUGGGAAAGCUACAGCAGCAGCUGGAUGAAGUCACAUCAAAGGUACAGGUUCUCCAGGACAAGCUCGGCAUCCUGCGGACCUACAUCAAUGGGCAGUAUCCAGAACAAGCUGUCCAGAUAGUCCUUUUGCAGCACAGCAUCCAGAACCUAAAGGAGCAACAGCAGGAAGAGAUAAAGAAGACAGAAGAAAUGGGGAAGGCCAUCUUGGAGGAACUGGAAGAGAAGACACGGGCAGAAGAAGAGGCGCUAUUACAGAAAGUCGUGGAGGAGAUGCUGCUGCACCAGGAUGGCCUGAAGCAGAUGGUGGUAAACAAUCACGUUCUGCAAUGUGAAAUACUGAGGCAAAGGGAGAUUAUUAAGGACCUGGAGGAGGAGAUUGGUGAGCUGAAGAGAAGCAUCCAGACACUUCGCCAGAGAGCAAGAGACUCAAAAGAGCUGAUCUUUGCUGACGUUCUUCUCCGCAGACCAAAGUGCAUGCCAGACACGGAGGUGGUCCUCAGCAUCCCCGCCAAGGAGAUGCCGCUCAUCUGA